AUGGGAAAAAUGUCAAUGGAACAGCUAUCUGAUCUGAAGUCAUUUUACAGCAUGAUGGGACAGAUAUGUUCAGAAGUCUUGGAGAGAAAACUCCAGGAUCUCUUGACUCUUGAGGAGGUUGAUAUUUUUGUACCAGUUCUUGCUGGUCGUAAGGAGUUUACGCCUGGAGGAACAAUUGGAGAUUUGAGGGCAUUGAAGGAGUUGCUAGAACAUGGAUUUGAUGUUAGAUGGAAAGUGGAUAAUAGUCAUUGUAAGGAGUGUGAAAAGUUUGAGGGACGUUGUGGAUUUGAUGUUAGUGGAAAAAAGUUUAGGUGUUGGUGCCUUGAUGAUCAAUCUUCUUCUUCGUCUAAUAAUACGUGCACCGUGGCUAUACUGUCUGUUUUGAUCGUUUUGAAUUGCAGACAAAUAGCUUUCUUCACUGGUCCAACAGUUGGAGGGCUUCUAAAUGCAACAUGUGGGAAUGCGACGGAACUCAUAAUAGCAAUAUUUGCUCUGACGCAACACAAAGUAGAUGUUGUUAAGUACUCCCUCUUGGGCUCUAUUCUUUCAAAUCUUCUUCUGGUUCUUGGCACCUCACUCUUCUGUGGUGGCAUUGCAAAUCUCUCCAAGGAACAAAAAUAUGACAGAAAACAAGCAGAUGUGAACUCGCUGCUUUUGCUAUUGGGGCUAUUAUGUCACGUACUGCCGUUACUGUUCAAUUACGCUGGAGUUGGAGAAUCAGCAAAAAUAACAGCAGAAGCAGUAUUGCAGCUAUCAAGAGCCAGCUGCAUAGUCAUGCUCAUUGCCUACUUUGCUUACCUUAUUUUCCAGUUGUGGACUCACCGCCAACUUUUUGACGCAGAAGCCGAAGUUAACGAAGAAGAUGAUGACGCAGAGGAUGAGGAAGCAGUGCUUGGAUUCUGGAGUGCAUUUGCAUGGUUGGUGGGAAUGACUCUUAUCAUUGCUCUAUUAUCUGAAUAUGUUGUUGGUACCAUUGAGGCAGCAUCAGAUUCUUGGGGAAUAUCUGUGAGCUUCAUCAGUGUUAUUUUGUUACCAAUUGUUGGAAAUGCUGCAGAACAUGCUGGGGCUGUCAUUUUUGCUUUCAAGAACAAGUUGGACAUUUCCUUGGGAGUUGCCCUAGGCUCAGCAACUCAAAUUGCCAUGUUUGUGGUGCCAUUAUGUGUGAUUGUUUCAUGGAUUAUUGGUGUGAGAAUGGAUCUUGAUUUUAAUCUUCUUGAGACAGGCUCCCUUGCUUUGGCAAUAAUUGUCACAGCUUUCACUCUACAGGAUGGAACAUCUCACUAUAUUAAAGGAUUAGUCCUCCUGCUCUGUUACAUUGUCAUCAGUGCAUGCUUUUUCGUCUCCAACAGACCACAAACACAACCAAAUGCUGUCAACUUGGGCUCAUCAACUGAGGGAAUCAUGAGAGUUUGAUGGUCACAAACUUAUCAACAAAAGGAUGGAAACCAACAAAAAUUGGAUGCAUAUCUUAUUCUUUGAUUGGGAAUAUUGGGUUUUAUUAUUGAAUCAUGAGAUUAUGAUGUACUAUUUCAUUUUUGUGUGUGCUUAAUGGUAUGGUUGAAUCAUGAUCAUAUAAGUCAAUGAUGUCUAUAUAUAUUUCUCAGUUUCCUGCUGUGUUAUUCUGUACGUUGCUGAGGGUUUCUUGUAAUAGCAAGUGGUUGUAAGUUUCACUUUAUUUACAGCUUUAAAAGAAUAAAUGAGUAUUUCCAUUGCA